GUACAGUGAUCUAUGAAAACAUGGAGUAUGCAUGGCUACAACCGAUUAACCGUCAAUACAGAGAAAAGAGACCUAUAAAAUAUUGAAAAACUUUGGUUAUUAUUUAUAUCAUUCACUGAUAUGUUUUGGGGUAUCUCUUUGGAAGUUGGAAAAAAAUAUAGUCAAACUGUGGAAAAGUCUUUCCACAUUUCUAUGGCUGCUGUAAAGCCAAUGAACCAAGGGAAAGGCCCUGUUACUGUUAUGGUAGAGGUAGAUAAAGCAUGUUAUCCAUUGUGUACCUUACAACCUUCCAACAUCCCUCAGCAAGCCUUGGAUUACAAAUUUACUGAAGGCGAAGAGGUGCUGUUUUACACAGAAGGAGACUUAGAUGUACAUUUAACAGGUUAUCUCAUUGAUGAGCCAAGUAUGUUUGAGUACAACAGUGAAGGUGAUGACAGCGAUGUCUCUAAAACAAGUGCUGUUUGCUCAGACAACGAAAAUAAUGUUAAGAAAAAGAAGAAAAGGAAGAAAUCCGGAUCCUCUGAAGAUUCACUUAAAGAUCUGAUUUCUGAAAUUGAAGGCCUUAAUGAAGAGAUUAAGAAUCCUGUUGAUUUUUGGUUAGAACAGUCAGGAGAAGGUAAAAAGAGAAAAGUCAAUCCUAAAAAGACUUCCGAUGAACCUGUUGCAAAUAAACUUGGGGUGUUACUUGAUACAUUGGAUGUUGAAGAAUCAUCUGAUGAUGCCGACUGGGUUCCUGGAUGUAAACUCAAGAAACAAGAAAAUACAAAGAAAAGACAAACUACUAACACAAGCAUGAUUGAUGAGAGCAAUGACAACACCACCAGCUCAGCUAAUCUUAGUUCUUCCAAAUCCGAGCGUGGAAAGUUAAAGCAAAAAAAAGCUAAAAAAUCCAAAGUGAAUGCUAGAAAAUCAGUGUCCAGCUCCAAUAACGUUAAUCUGUAAUUUUCAUAAAAACUUUGUAUAUAAAAAGUAUUAGUUGCUUUUCAAAUUAGUUGUGAGAAAUAGAAUAAUGCAACUUCAGAGGAAAAAUUAGCAGAGUCGUUUUGUUCAGCUAAUUUUCCUAUUAUGAUGAAACAGAUAUAUUGAAAUACCAUAUUUAUACAACAAAGUAAUUUUCUGCAUGCUUGAGAUCGCCAAUAUUUUUUUAAAUUUUGAGAUUUGAGGAAAUUUGGGAGAUUACAGUACGUAUUCUUUUCAAGGCAUUAAAGACUAAAUUGAGGAAUUGCUUAAACCAUUGUUGAAAUCCAGAACUUUAUCAUCUUUUAUUCUUUUAAUUGACGUUCUAAUGCACAAGACGUUUGUAAUACUCCCACAAUUUGCCCUUCAUUUGAUACUUUACGUAAACUGUUCAUUGAAGCCAUUUUCUUCAAAUCUCAGAACAGUAUCUUGGCGCUAAUACCAAAGCAACUUGCAUCUCUAUUUGUUUUAGAGUAAUUUUCUUUUUAUGAAAUGUUUCCCUGUAAUAAUGCUUUGUGUAUCUUCAUUGGAUAGAGUACGUUCUUCGUUGAAUUUUUGCAUGUUUAAGUUUUCAUUCUUACAAAAACCUACAUAAACUGUAAUGACUAGUUGAAAUCUCAGGAAAUAUAUUUUUAUCUGAUUUCUUUCA